AUGGGGAUAUGGACUGGCCAUGGAGAACAAAAGAGUGAUGUGAUUGCUGUGCAGGUCUCCAGCAAGGCAGAUGGCACCAGUGCAAUGACUCAAGCACAUCCUGCUGAGGUUGAUUUGCCUAAAGCCGAUCUACAGAGUGAUGUGAUUGCUGUGCAGGCCUCAAUCAGUGGAGAUGACACCACCAGCAUGAAUACAGCCCACCCUGCUUUGGUUGAAUAUCCAAAUGCAGUUACACUGAUUGAUCUGAUUAUUUUGCAGGUCUCCAGCAACGACGAUGACAUCAGCACAAUUAAUUUUGCACAACCUGCUGUGGUUGAAUUCCCAAGAGCAGAUCUUCAGGUUGAGGACACUUGUUGUUUUAAAUUGGUGGACUACACAAGCUCCGAAGAAGAAACCAGUGACCUGGAAAAUGCGAGCUGCUCUAGCCAAGUCUUGACAUACAAAACCCAUAACAAGAAUUCAGAAUUGUCAACUGAUGAUGAAUAUGUGCCAAAACUGAGGAGAACAAAAAGCAUACUGAUGAAGGAUGGUAUCCCACCUAUAACGGAGAAGCUGUUUGACUCUGAUGACUCCUGCCCUGAUAGUGAAGAGGAAUGGGCAGUGGAAAGCUUGUUCCUUGUAAAAGGCCGACGGAAGAUGCUCAGGGUGAGGAAUUCGUCCACUGCCCCUACUGCCUAG